CCGCAGCACGUGGGAUCUUACCAGACCAGGGCACGAACCCGUGUCCCCUGCAUUGGCAGGCAGACGUUCAACCACUGCGCCACCAGGGAAGCCCUGCCAUGUUCCUUCUUGAGCUGGUCCUUUUUGUACAAGAGUCCCAAUAAAUAUCUCUUUAUGACAGCCUCCUAAACCACAACUCAUUGGGUAAUGUUGCUCUUAACUAUUCUAAUUUCAUCAUAGGUCCUUUGUGUAUCAAUAGUUUAAUUGAAUACUGUUAUUUCGUUAACUAGACAGUGGUUUAAUGGGAAAAGUAUUAACCACUGGAACUCAAGACCAUCGUUUCAGUUAUCUCUUCGUGUCCCCAUCGUCUAUAAAAUGGAUGUAAUUUUACCUCUUGCCUACCUGGACAGUUUUAAGAAAAGGUAAAAUAGAUAUAAAAUUGCUUUUAAAAGAUCCUUUUGAAUAGUACUCUAUAAAUAUAAAAAUCAGUAAAUCUGAGCUUGAAGCUAAUACAUAACUUGUCCCCUACUAAACUGCUUACCAAUGGCUGUAGACACGCAGGUCCAUCAAAAAUAUGAAUACACGGAAAUUGGUUCAAAUCCAGCGCUGCUACUCAGUUACUGGCCAGUUUAUUUCUUUUGACUUCAGCUUGUCAAAGUCAAGGAAUUAAUGAUAGUUCAGUGCUUUUGGACUCUGAAGCUAUCUUCAGAGAUUGAAGUUAAUGACAUUCAAAACUAGUAGAUGAAAUCAUAAAUGACCAAUUUUAAGAAGAUUAAAAUAUCACAUAAAGUGAGAAAGUGUAAACUGAGAACGCGUAAAAACAAGUUGCCUCCUUACAUGUACAAAUACAUGCACAUCCCUCCACCCUCCACCCUCUGCCCAGACUUAAAAGAUUACUGGGUCUGUUCUGUGGGAACGGACAAUAUAGGGACGGGAUGGUGGGAAGCCAGUUAGCGGCCACCUGUAAAAGUUCAGGCUAAGAGUAAUGGUGGCUGGGCCAGGGUAGGCGUAGAGGGAGUGAGAAGUAGCUGGUUGUGAGAUAUGUUUUGAAGUUGAAUAGGACUUACUUGUGAAUUGGUUAGUACUUAGGAGCACAGGAAACAGUAUGGACUUUGGCAAAAGGCUUUGGGUCCGUAUUCCUAGAGUGUCCCUUGUUGUAUGUCAGUGACUACCAAGAUUCACUUUCCUUAUUUGUAAAAUGGGCAUGAAAUAAUAGCACCUAUGUCAAAGGUUUGCUGCAAGAUAAAAUUAAAUACUCCAUAAAAACUCUUAAUCUAAUAACUGUUAACACCAUUACAGAAAGUAUUAGCAUUUUCUGCACAGGUGCUUGUAUCAGUCUUAGGAUUAGUCUCAGUUACUGGUCUUGCUGUUUUCCAUACUCUUUAGCUUGCUGAUUGUAGAGUCCUAACUGCUGGACCACUAGGGAAUUCCCAGCUUGCUCAUUGUAAAAUAGAAAUUGCACAGCACUGUCUUGCUGAAAAUUCUUAGUAGCUUCCCAUUUUGAUAAAACGAAAACUAUUGGGAAUAGUAUAUUUGGGAAUAGUAUAGACUCCUUUCCUGCCUCUGUCACCACUUCAACCCACCUCUCAAUCUUGGUUUUAAGGAGAUGUUUGCAGUUCCUUAAGCAGAUAACGGACCUUUUUGCCUGUGCUCCUGCCUUUCUCUCUGCCUGAAAUGACCUGUCUUGUGUUCUUCCCCAGUGUCAGAAUGCCAUCUAGUUUUCUGUAUUAUUGUGGGAAGUGCAAAACUAUUCUUCCUAAUGCUUUGUAUGUGACCUGUUUUCGCUCUAGAAACUUAGAAUUUUCUUUGCCAGUGUCCUGAAAUUUUGCAGUUUGUGCCUUGGUAUGGGUCUGUUUUCCUUCCCUGUUUUGGUCACUUGGUGGGUGCUUUCAGUCUGGAAACUCAAGCUCUUCAAUUCUGGAAAAUUUCCUUGAAUUGAUAACUUCCUACCCUCAGUAUUCUCUCUAGAUCUUUUAAAUCUAAUAUUAGACCUAACUUUUUCAUCUUUUUCGAUUUCCUUUUUUUUCUUUAUCUGCUCUGUGAAAGAUUUCUUCAACUUUACUUUCUAAUCCAUCUAUUAAUUAUUGGACGCAAUGUCUUUAUGAAGAUGAUAGUGGUAAUUUUCAUUUGCCUGCAUAGUCCAUUUCCUUUGAGUUAGUUUUUAUCCUGCUUGUUUAUUCAGCAUAAUUGUAUAUGUACAUAAUUGUAACCAGAAAAAAACCAAAGUGUGCGUGAAAGGAAAAUUACAGGGCACGUGGAAUUGCAACUCUUAUUUCUCGGCUAACGUUCUUCUGUUCGGGUGAAGCUGGGUCUGCAAGGCCCAUCAGCCGAAUGGCAAACCGGAGACUAGCCUGUCAUCACGCAGAGGCCCUAAUCCCCGCCCCCGGCGGUCCGCCGCAAGCCCUCGGGUGCCGGAGUGGGGUGAGUGGCCCGGGGCGACACGCCCCUCCUUGGUUACGAGCCGCGCGACUGGUGUGUGGCUGCGGCUUCCGCAAGGCUUGGGGUCUGAACCAGGUGAGUAUCUGCAGGCCAGGAGUAAACUACCUCUCUCCAUCGCAAUCCCUUCCUCUGGGAGCCGGGGUGGAAGACGGACCCGGAGGAGCAAAUGCGCUAUCGGACUGCAGUUGGAGGAAUGUCCUUGUCGGCCGGGGCAACAGCCUGGGGGCCUUCUGUUUCUCGGGGCUGACGGUGGCGGAUGUUGGGGCAGAGCGGCAACGCGGAGGUGGUGGUGCGGCGGGGAGGUUCCCGGGCUCUGGCGGCGGCCACCGGUCCUUGUGAACAAAGCAGAGGAAUGGGGAGAAGUUUCGUAGAGUCCUAAAGUGCCCCUUGACCGUUGCGGGUUGGCUGUAGAGCUCUCGGAUCUCAGGCAGUCCCUGACCCGCGCUGUACAUAGAAACCGUUGCUACUGCUGGAGGAUGCCGUUUCCUUCCGGUCUCUGGCUGCAGGUGGCGCCCAGCCCUGUGGCUGCUGGAAAGAACGUGCCUAGGUGGAAGAAAACCAUUUUUCGUGUUACUAGCCCAUUGCAGUUUGUGCUGGAGGUAUUACUGAUAUACUGAUUAGGAAAUAUGGGAAAUGGAUGUGGAUUAGGACGGUGGAGAAGAAAUUAACGCCAAUUAGGACCAAAGUUUUUUCUAAUCAGGGGCAAAGAAAUUGCAAACAGAUGUGGAAGAGUUCUAAGUAGAGCAAACAAAGUAUUGUAUGACUUGGUUUUUGGAGUUUGAGAGUUAACGUUUAGUGGUCUUGAGAAUCUCUCCUACCCACCCCCACCCCCCCAAGUGGUAGUUUUCAAAAAGGAUUCUCAGAAACGUUGAAACAGUGUUCAGAAUAAAAUUCGCUUGAUUAGGUAAGAGGUGUCUUUAUCAUUUCAAGUGUUUUUCACCAUAUUUUAUUCAAAUCAUAAAAUCUCAGGGGCUUCAAGAUUCCAUUGGCAGGCAGAUUCUUAACUACCACGCCACCAGGGAAGUCGGUAUAUAGUAAUUUAGCCCGAUGAAUGUUAACUGUUCUUAUCAGGGAGAGAGAAUUUACAAUGAGUAGCUUCCUCCUUAGAAGAAAUACUCCAUCUCCUUUUCUAUGGAAAUGAAAAAUAAAUAAUACAGAAGUACCUAGAUGGUUACUACUAUCCAAAUUGAGUAUUAAUGUAUACAUUAGAUUCAUAACUAUUUUCCUACACUAUAUUUCAGCCAUGACUGCCAAAGAUUAUCCAUCAUUGUGGGGCUUUGGAACAACAAAAACAUUUAAAAUACCUGUUGAACAUUUGGAUUUCAAGUAUAUUGAAAAAUGUUCAGAUGUUAAACACUUGGAAAAAAUUCUUUGUGUGCUCAGGUCUGGUGAGGAAGGAUAUUAUCCUGAACUUACUGAAUUUUGUGAAAAGCGCCUUUCAGGCUUGGCUCCUGGAAGUAGAGCUUUGAGGAGAGAGAAACCUGCAGCGACAGCAGCCAGUUUCACAGCAGAAGAAUGGGAAAAAAUUGACGGUGAUAUAAAGAGUUGGGUAUCAGAAAUUAAAAAAGAAGAUGAUAAAAUACACUUUCAAGAAAAUGAAACAUUUCCAGCAAUGGAAGAUAAUUUGCCUCCAGUUCGUGGUUCAACCAGCCAUCUUCAUGUUGCCAAGGAAAAAAACUCUAAAAGUAGACCAGCUAAAAAGAAAAUUCCAAGGGAUUAUGCAGAGUGGGAUAAAUUUGACGUGGAAAAGGAAUGUGCGAAAAUUGAUGAAGAUUACAAAGAAAAAACUGUAGUAAACAACAAGUUGCAUUUGUCUAAAAUUGAGACAAGACUAGAUACAGCAGGUCUAACUGAGAAGGAAAAGGAUUUUCUUGCUAUUCAUGAAAAGGAGAAAGGUAAUGAAGCUUUUAACGCAGGAGAUUAUGAAGAGGCUGUGAUGUAUUAUACUCGGAGCAUAUCAGUGCUUCCCACAGUAGCAGCCUAUAACAAUCGCGCUCAAGCGGAACUCAAACUACAGAACUGGAAUAGUGCUUUUCAGGAUUGUGAAAAGGUCUUGGAGUUAGAACCUGGGAACUUAAAGGCUCUUCUGCGCCGUGCCACUACGUAUAAACAUCAAAACAAGCUCCAGGAAGCUAUAAAAGAUUUGAAUAAAGUACUGGCUGUUGAACCUGAUAAUGAGUUGGCCAAAAAAACCUUGUUAGAGGUUGAAAGAGAUCUGAAAAAUUCUGAACCUGCAUCUGAGACUCAAACCAAAGGAAAAAGGAUGGUUAUUCAGGAAGUAGAAAACUCAGAAGAUGAAAAUGAAAAGGACAGUGGAAGAAAACAUGAAGAUGGCAUUGGAGAUAACAAGGCCGCGGAGCCGGCGCCUGCCGGACGCGCCGCCCAGCCGCGCGCCAUGGGCAACAUCCAGAAGAAGCUGACUGGCAAGAGCGAGGGCGGCAGGCGGCCGCAGAGGGGCGCGCCGCGGCGGGGCCGGGCGCCGGAGGCCGGGGCGGACAAGCGGGACCGGCCGCGGGCCCCGGCGACGGCGGGCGGCUCCAAUGGACACCCGGGCGGCGGGCGGCGCUCGGGGGGCCCCGCGGCCAGCGCGCCCCCUGGUCCCGGCGCGUACCCCGGACCUGGCGCGCCGCCGGCGCCGGCGCCCGCCGCCCCAGUCGGCCCCGCCGGCCUGAAGAGCCAGGGCAACGAGCUCUUUAAAAACGGGCAGUUCGCCGAGGCGGCUCUCAGGUACUCGGCGGUGAUCGCGCAGCUGGAGCCUGCAGGAAGUGGAAAUGCAGAUGAUCUAAGUAUCUUAUAUUCAAAUAGAGCAGCAUGUUACCUAAAAGACGGAAAUUGCAGUGGCUGCAUUCAAGAUUGUAACAGGGCUCUGGAACUUCGUCCAUUCUCAAUGAAGCCUCUUCUUCGACGAGCAAUGGCCUAUGAAACUUUAGAGCGGUAUCAGAAAGCUUAUGUGGAUUAUAAAACAGUGUUGCAAAUAGACUGCGGAAUCCAGAUAGCAAAUGACAGUGUUAACAGGAUAACAAAAAUCCUAAUGGCCCUGGAUGGACCAAGCUGGCGGGAGAAGCUGUCGCCCAUUCCUGCUGUGCCCACUUCUGCACAGUUGCGAGCUUGGCGGCCUGUGGCAGAGACGCCGCCAGACCAAGUGGGAGGUUCCCGCAGCCAUCACCAACCGGGCAUCACAGAUGAAGAAAUGUUUAAAACCCUUAAAGAAGAAGGAAAUCAAUGUGUAAAGGACAAAAACUAUAAAGAUGCCCUUAGUAAAUACAGUGAAUGCUUAAAAAUUAACAACAAGGAAUGUGCCAUUUAUACAAACAGAGCCCUCUGUUACUUGAAGCUGGGCCAGUUUGAAGAGGCAAAGCAGGACUGUGACCAGGCGCUUCAGAUAGAUCUCGGGAAUGUGAAAGCAUGCUAUAGACGAGCUCUUGCUUACAAAGGACUCAAGAAUUAUCAGAAAAGUUUAAACGAUCUCCAUAAAGUUCUCCUACUAGACCCAAAUGUUAUUGAGGCAAAAAUGGAACUGGAAGAGGUAACCAGAAUCCUGAAUGUUCAGGAUAAUGCAGCAUUACUCAACAAAGAAAAGGAGAGAAGGAAAAUUGAGAUUGAAGAGGUGAAUGAAGGCCAGAAAGAGGAGCCUGAAAGGACCUUGGAGAACGUCUCCACUGACUCCCAUGCUUCUGAGACGGGGGACACAAGGAACGGGCCACGAGAAUUCUAUGAGAAACUACCAAUCCCCAAGCCUAACAAUGCCUACGAAUUUGGCCAGGUUAUAAACGCAGUCAGUACUAGGAAAGAUAAAGAAGCCUGUGCACGUCUGUUAGCCAUCACUGAACCGAAAGACUUGCCAGUGUUGUUGAGCAACAAACUUGAAGGGGAUACAUUCCUGCUCCUCAUCCAGUCUCUGAAAAAUCAUCUUAUUGAUAAAGAUCCUUCUUUGGUAUAUCAGCAUCUUUUAUAUCUGAGUAAAGCAGAAAGGUUUAAAAUGAUGUUGACACUGAUUAGCAAGGGCCAAAAGGAGCAGAUUAAACAGCUCUUUGAUGACCUCUCAGACACACGAAACAAACAUUUUACUUUAGAAGACGUGCAGGCCCUCAAAAGGCAGUAUGAGCUUUAAAUAAAGAUUAUUGUUAGAUUUCUUCCAUGCAUGUAUGUGUUCCAGUAAUGCUAAUGAGAUGGUAUUGUAAUAGAGUUGCAUGGGUAAAACCUGGCUUAGAAAAGAUCCCUUGGUCUGGACUAUAAACUACUUUACUUAUUUUUAUACAUAGAACACAUAUAUUCUACAAUCUGCUUUUUAUUAGUUGUAAAUAUUUUCUUAUGUACCAGAGCUAACAUCUUUAUAUUUAAUAAUAAGUAUAUCUGGAACUCGUUAAGAUGCAUUUUAAUUUAUAUUAUACAUUUUCUUUUAGUAACUUGUUAAAAUUUUGAGUUAAAUUAUACUUCUUUGGGUAUGAAGGAGUCCUGUUAAGUUUGAUAGAAAUGUACUUCUUUACAGUUCAUUUUUAAAAGUGAAAAUCAUUAACAGUGAUUAUUACAUCACUUUUAUUUCCUGCUAAGAUAUAUAUAAAUCCCAUUUUAUACUACUUGUGGAUUACAGGCCUCUAAGAUGAAAUGUAACACUUAAGUCUAUAAUAUGAAAUGAUUAUUAAAUAAAUUGUGAUUAUUAAUUUAGAGCUAUAAGAGGAACUUAUUUUUUUCUAAUAUGGAAGCAUUGCCUAAUAAUUAAGAACAAAAAUUGCCUGAAAUUCUACUACUUUUUACUAGAUUUUUAAAGGCAAGUUUCCCUUAUGUGUUGCUUAUAUAAGCAAUAACGAAACAACCACUGUAUAAAAAGCAACUAAGCCUGCAUUUCUAUUUGAAUUGUCACUCCCACACUUCCCCCAAACAUUUUAAAUGACUUCUCCCUCUUUUUUUCUUUUUUUCCCUCCUCCUUUAAGCAUAAUCAUAUUUAUUCCCUUCGUGCAAAAGGGAAAGUGAAGAACUCUUUAUAUUGAGAGCUCCCUUGUUAACUGGGUCAGAGUAAAGGUGUUUCUUACGAUAAAA